UAAUGGCUUUGAAAUCUGCUGCUUUGUUUGAAAAGAUGGAUCCAUUCAUCAAAUCCUAAGGUGCUGAAUUGGUUAAGAAAAUCAAUGCCAUCUAUUUCUUUGAAGUUUCAAAGGCCAAAGGAGAAACCCCAGAAGUUUGGACUGUUGAUCUCAAGAAUGGUUCAGGAGUAUGCAUAAUAUAUAUAUAUUUACUUUAGUCAAUAGCCAAGGGACGUGUUGGAACAGCUGAUGCCACAUUCACAAUGGUAGAUGAUGACAUGAUGGCUAUGGCUCAAGGAAAAUUGAAUCCUCAAUAAGCCUUCAUGUAAGGAAAGAUGAAGAUCAAGGGAAAUAUGGCUGCUGCCACCAAAUUCACCCCAGAUCUUUUACCAAAAGAUGCCAAACUUUGAG